UGAUGUCACCAGGUCUUGCCUUGUGACAUCAGCGAGUCCUGCCUUGAGUCUCAGCUUUUGGAUGCUGGGGUCAAAGGAACCUCCCACACCGACAUCAACUGCCUAGUCAAGGAUCAUGGGAACUGCACCAGCCACUGGGGGAGAUCACAGAGUCAAUUUCUUACAGUCCUAAGUUUGGGGAUACCUGCCCUCCCCCCCGGUCCUCACUCCCUCAUCAGCACAGCUCACCACCGACGCAUGUUCUCUGCCUAUAUGUGUUCCUUCCUCCCUUCCUUAGAUCGAGACAGCCUCCUGAAACAUGCUGAACAUGGCGUGAAAACCGUCAGUGAACAGGAACUAAGCUGAGAAAACAAGCAAGAGAGGACACCGGUCUGGGCCGAUCGCAGAACUUUUACUUCACAGCCCGGUAUGAAUGGAGAGAUAAACGGGGACGAGGACUCUACUGAUAUCGGGAUGUUUCACUACUUGGUCCUGUGGUUCGUCAUCUGCUUUUUCUGGUGGAAAUGGAGAAAAGGAGAAAACCUAGAUGAUACCAACCUUGGAGGGAAAUACGUGUUCAUCACUGGCUGUGACUCCGGCUUUGGAAACCUGGCCGCUAGGACUUUGCAUAAGAGAGGUUUCCAUGUCAUCGCCGCCUGCCUCACAGAAAACGGAGCCGCAGAACUAGAAGCAGAGGCUUCCAAGAAGCUCCAGACUGUGCUGCUGGAUGUGACAGACUCAGAGAACAUCAAGGCGGUGACAGAAAAAAUUAAAAAAGAAGUAGGAGAAAAAGGUCUGUGGGGCUUGAUCAACAAUGCCGGAAUCAUGGGAGCAUCCGCGCCAACUGACUGGCUGAAUAUUCAGCACUAUAGAGCCCCAAUUGAAGUUAAUUUGAUUGGCCUCAUAAACGUCACCAUAAACAUGCUUCCGCUGGUGAAGAAAGCCAAAGGAAGGAUAAUAAAUGUAACUAGUGUCGGUGGGGUCGUACCCCUGUGCUCUGGUGGUUACUGUCCAUCCAAAUAUGGAGCAGAAGCAUUCACUGAUAGCUUAAGGCAGGACAUGAAGCCCUUUGGAGUGAAGGUGUCUUGCAUUGAACCUGGGCUUUUCAAAACGGCGCUCUCCGACAGAAUCAAGGUCGUAAAAGAAAAAAUAGAGAUUUGGAACAAUCUCCCUCCGGAAAUCCAAAGGCAGUACGGUGAAAACUAUUUAAGGGAAGAUGCCAUAAAGAAAGAAAGGCUGGUUAAGUUGUGUCAGAACACGGAGCUUUCGCUAGUUGUGGAGUGUAUGGAGCAUGCUUUGAUGAGCAAAGAUCCGCAGACCAGGUACAGCGCAGGCCUGGACGCAAAGAUGCUUUGGAUACCCCUCUCAUUGAUGCCGUCGUUUGUGCAGGACUACGUACUUAUGAAGAACAAAGUUAAGCUUGUUGAUCCAAAUGCAUGUUAAUUUCUGCAUGUAUUUCUGCAGCUGGUAGGCUUCAGGUAGGAAUGGGAUGUGCCUAGCCCACUGCUUCUCUAGCCACAAGCGGUACUCUCCAAUUCACGUUGGAAAAACUAGGCAUGCUCAGAAAGUGAGGAGACAAUAAACCCGGUGUUCAGAGGUAAGCAAGCAGCCUUCAGAGAAAUCAUGUCUUGUUUGGUUUUAAAGUUACUUGCCACAGUACCUGAGUACAGUGAUGCCUCGCAAGACGAAAUUAAUUCGUUCUGCGAGCCAUGUCGUAUUGUGAAAAUUUCAUCUUGUGA